AGAGAAACUUAUUAAUUUCAUGAACAAAAGUUGAUCUAUAUUAUAGCAAAAUUUUUUGAAGGUUGUGUUCAACGUAAACAACUGAUUUUGAUAUUUCCAUUUCUACACUAUACUUAAGAGUAUUACUUUGAUGGAAGAUCAUAGACACAUCCUCAAGAUUAUAGUUUUUGAUUAAAGUAAAAAACUAAGAAUACACAUUUGAUAUAUAAGAAAUAAGGAAUAUUAUCACCAUAACUAUAGCAUGUCACCGACGUUAUCUUGUUUAAUGCACCUUUUGUACAAGAUUUUAAUAAGGCAUUGUAUUUUUUUUUCGAAUUUACCAUUUAUAGUAUCGUACUUUCAAUUUUUGUUUUUGUUUUUUCGACAUUAUUCUUUGAAAAUUUUAUCAACUACAUUUUGUAAUUUGUAGAGAUUGAUCCUUCAGUCACAACUCACACGGGAGGGACAAUGAGUUUUUGACAUCAUUAUAAAUGGUGAUAACAUGUUUCAAGAGAUUGAUAUUGUCAAAAUGAGUGGAAAUAUUAAUAGUGCUCUUGUGCUAACAGUCCAUGUUAGCAGGAGGAGUUUGACAAUAAUUUUGCAGAUUGUAAAAGAUAGUCAUACUAUAAUCAGUGCCAUAGAGACCAUAGAGAUCUUUAAAAUUGUUAGAGCUGAGGCUAAUACUUCAAUUGAUGAAGUAAAAGCUUUGCAGAAAUUGAAGAGUUCUUUUCAGUUGGAAUGGCGAUCCAUGUGUUCCACAACAACAUCCAUGGAGUGGAAUUGGGUGAUGAAUAAGGCUGGAAUGUACAACUGGAAUGGGUUGCAAUCAGGAAUUGGGGAUGUCACAUCAAGCACGGUUGUUUAUGGUGUAUUAGAUGCUAAUAUCUGGUGUAUUAGAUUCUUUUAUGCGAUGGUUGUAAAAAGUAGAAUGGAUACAUAUAGAGUACGGUUAAAUAGCUGUAUUUUAUUAGGCAUGUAAUCUAAUACACCCCUCUAC